AUGUCUCUGAUUCAGAGAGAUCUGUCUGCCUUUGCACCUGUUGGAUGCAGAAAAGCUCCUAAUGGAGGAUAUCACAUCUGUUGCUAUGACUGUGUACCGUGUUCUGAGGGGGAAGUGUCCAAUAAUACAGACAGUGAAACUUGCCGAGAAUGUCCUAAAGAAGAGUGGCCUGAUGAGAAGAAAGUGAAAUGUAUUCCCAGAAUAUAUGAGUUUCUGUCAUAUGAGAAGGACGUUAUAUCUUUAUUAUUUUUAGGAAUUGUUUUAUUUUUUUCUGUAGUAACAUUGUUUAUAAUAGGAAUUUUUCUCCAUUUCUGGGACACUCCAAUCGUAAAAGCCAAUAACAGGAUUGUGAGCUUCAUCCUCCUGGUCUCCAUCUUGCUUGGCUUCCUCAGUGUCUUCUUCUUCCUUGGUCGUCCUGUUGACUUAACCUGCUUGCUAAGACAAAUAUCAUUUGGGGUUUUCUUUUCUAUUGGUGUCUCUUCUGUUUUAUCCAAGACUAUCACUGUCUGCAUCGCUUUCAAAGCCUCCAAACCUGGAAAUAUCUGGGGAAAGUUGCUCUCAGUUAAUGUGUCAUAUUAUGUGGUCUUGGUCUGUUCUUCUGUACAAGUUCUAAUAUGUGUUAGCUGGAUAUUGGUGUCACCUCCUUAUGUAGACUUUGACCAUCAUUCUUAUCCUGGGAAGAUCCUCAUUCAGUGUAAUGAAGGGUCAGAUAUCUGUUUCUUCUCAAUAUUGGGUUACCUGGGAUUCUUGGCAGCUGUGAGUUUUGUUCUGGCUUUUAUGGUGAGGACAUUACCAGACAGCUUCAAUGAGGCAAAGUACAUUACCUUCAGCAUGCUGGUUUUCUGCAGUGUCUGGAUCGCCACAAUCCCGGUUUAUCUGAGCACCAGGGGAAAAUACAUGGUGGCUGUGGAGAUAUUUGCUAUACUGACCUCAUGUGCUGGUAUUCUAGGUUGUAUAUUUUUUCCAAAAGUAUAUAUUCUCCUUUUAAAACCCAACUUAAACUUUAGGAAAACAUUUUUAAAAAGAAACAUGAUGUAGUGACAUACAUUGGGCAUAUUAAUAUUUGUGGAAUUAGUUUUACUUAUUGUUACUAAAAUUUCUUUUUUAUUUUAGGCAUUUUUGCUUUAUAGUUAUUAAAAUUGAGAUUAAUGUUGAUGUGUCUAAAUGUAUUCUUAAAUUGUUGAAUAUGCUUCUAAAUCAAUAAAAGCAAUUACUCAUA